UCCAAUGGACUGGACUGGACUGGAACACGUGUUCCAGUGGACUGGACUAACCCAAGUGACAACCCUGGAUUUGAAGCAUUUAAGAAUAUGGCUUCUCCUCGUGACCAACUGCUUAUAACAUUAUCUGAAGCGGCUUCGCAACGACCUGAACAAAUAAAGGCUGCUGAGGAGCGACUUAAGCAAUGGGAGAUUGAGCCAGAGUUCUACUCCACUCUGUUGGAUAUUAUCUUUGACAGAUCAAUUGAUGUUAAUAUCAGGUUUCUUGGAGCAAUAUUUUUCAAGAAUGGUGUGGAUCGAUAUUGGCGUAAAACUUCAAAACAUGCCAUCAAUCCUGAUGAAAAGAUCAAAAUAAGGAAUCGGCUUUUAUCUUUUAUAGAUGAAGCGCAUAAUCAGUUGGCAACGCAAUGUGCUGUAAUAGUUUCAAAAAUUGCUCGGUUUGAUUAUCCGAAUGAAUGGCCAGAGUUGCUUCAAAAUUUAUUAUCAAUUAUCCAUUCGACAAUAACCACCAUUUCAGAUUCUCGGACAAUCUUAAUACAAAAAAGGGCGUUACUUACUUUGCAUUUAGCUGUCAAGGCUUUGUGCUCAAAGACAAUGGGGCCAGAUCGAAGAAUGUUGCAAGAGAUUGCACCAGAAUUGCUUCGCAAUGUUGCUGGGAUUUACGUAGAACAUACCAAUCGUUUUUUCACUUUGGUUUCUUCUUCAAACGAUAUCGGUGUUAUUAUUGAUCUGGAAACUUCUUUGUCGGCUUUGAAAUGUAUACGACGUUUGGUGAUUUAUGGAUUUAAAGAUAUUAGCAAACUUGAUGAAACGAAGGCAUUUUUCCUUUUAGUAUUGGAACAUUUACAGAAAUUCCAUGCUUUGAGGAACGCGUUUCAAGAUUCUGCGUCUCCAAGUUUAGAACUUAUUGAUGCGCAUAUCACUCUGAUGGGAAAAUUUUAUAUCGAACUAUUAAAAACACAUCCUAUUGCUUUCAUAAUGACGCCAGGGUCUGUGGAUGUUAUUCAAUACUACUGGAAAUUACUGGUAACUUACGGAAAAUCCAACGAAGAUCUGUCCAAGUCACCUGUCAUAGAAAAGUAUUUAAUACAAGCAUUAUUGCUCUUAAAAUGCAUAAUCAGGAAAUCAUCAUAUAACCAUGGUCUUAGAGAGUCCAAAGAUCUGCAAGUAACUGAAGCAAUGAGGAUCGUGGAUGAGCAAAUAUUAACGUCCAAUUUUGUUGAGUCAUGUGCUGAAUUAUUGAUCUCGAAUUUGAUUAUUUUAAGAAAGGAUGAUUUAAUAAUGUGGGAGGAGGAUCCAGAAGGGUGGAUUAAUUACGAUGAAUCCGAUCAUUGGGAGCAUCAAUUGAGGCCCUGUGCUGAGAAAGUUUUUAUGGACUUAUUAUCACAGUAUCGGGAUACAUUGUCGCCAAAAAUUGUUAAAUUGAUUGAGAACGUCGCAAAAUCUCAAACAUGUGAUCUGAUGCUCAAAGACGCAGUAUACUGUGCAGUAGGCCUUGGAGCUCACGAAUUAUACGAUGAACUUGAUUUCGAUUCAUGGCUCGUGAACAAUCUUUUAAUUGAAGUUGCAAAUAAUAAUCCAAACUUUAAAAUUAUUCGUCGCCGCAUCGCAUGGGUGAUUGGAAGAUGGGUAUGCGUCAAAGUGUCAAAAGAAAAUCGGCCAAAAAUAUACGAUGCAAUGACAUAUUUAAUAAACCCUGAAGAAGAUUUGAUCAUUGCUCCUUUUGCGGAAAAGAUAACAAACUUAUUGCCACCUUUGUGGCAAGCUGCUCAUGAUGAACAUUUGUUUAAACCGGCUAUUCUUUUGAUAUUGACCAAACUUGUCCAGGCUUUGAGAGUAGAGUCUGUUAAUCUCCAUGAAUUCAUAAUACCGAUAAUUCAAUAUAGCGUAGAUCCAAGCACUGACGAAUAUGUUUACCUUUUGGAAGAAGCAUUGGAUCUUUGGUUGGCAGUACUUGAAAAUUCCAUGGAAUGUACGCCACUCAUGUUUAGUCUUGUCCCUGCAGUUAUAGGAUUAAUGGAAUACGGAACUGAAAAUUUCAAAAAAGUUCUAAGAAUACUUGAAAGUUACAUAGUAUUAGUACCAGAGAUGAUUACUCAAUCAUAUUGCCAUCCAAUUAUGGAUGUUUUCACUCGGUUGUUGGGAGAUUUGAAUUCUGAAGCUUGUCGCGCGAUAAUCCAAGUUAUCGAUAUCAUAUUGCAAACAUGUCCUUUUCAAGCAUUAAGUGAAAAUAUGAUCAAUACAGGUCUUUUAUGGAAACUGCUCAAUUCUAUCUUGUCCGGCAGUGAGGAAUACCCAUAUGUCAUUGUUAGCUAUAUUUCAAUACUAGCUAGAAUAGUUAUUAUUGAGCCGCAAUUUUUCAUACAGUACGUAACGAUUGCUAAUCAACAAUACAAUUUGUCACAAAUUAAUUUGAUUGAGAAGGUGUUGGAAGUGUGGUUAGAUAAGUUUGACAAUAUAGGGCAUCCAAAACAAAGGAAAUUGAAUGCCAUGGCAUUUGCGACAAUAAUCACCACGACAAAUCCAAUAAUCUUGGGAUAUUUACAACAAUUUAUUGGCAUUUGGUGUGAUGUGCUUAGUGAAGUUAGAGAGUCCGGCGGUGGAGAUACUUUAGUUUAUUGGCGAGAAGAAUAUUCGAUAGAAAGUGAUGAACGUGAUGACACGCCAGAAACCAAAAGAAAACGUGCAAGAGAUCCAAUUCAUACAACGAAUCUUAUUCAAUACAUUCGUACUAAGAUAGCGGAAUGUGAAGCAAUUAAUGGCGGGUCACAAUUAUUUAAUCAAAAUUAUAUUAGAACUGUGGAUAACACGUUAUUGGAUCAAUUAAAUGGUCUGAUGAACUCUAAUUAA